CUUGCCAUAUUUUCCUCCUCUUUAGCAUGUUUUCCCUUUUAUGGCUUCCCACCUUCUUUUAUCAAUUCUUUAGAUCCUUAUCUUCUCAGCAUUCUUAAGUCUUGGCUUUUUCAUGGCUUCCCACUUCCUGUUUAUUUCCUUCUCAUUUCUUUCCUUUUGGGAGUUUUUCUUGUUUACCUUAAUGAGUUUUCUUUUCUGUUAGUCCAAACCAAGCUCUUGAUUUCACAGGUAGACUACUUUUAUGUUCCUGUAUUCAUCAAGAAUCAUAGAGGAAACAUGGAGAAUAGAGCUUUGUAACAUUGCCCCGAGGAAAGAGAGAAGAGAUUGUCUACCUUCUAAAUCUCCCAUUUCUUUACACCAUCAGAGCCAGCCAUUCCCUAGAGGCAUUAAUUCAAAUCAACUGGUUUUUCCUUUUCUACUUUCACAUCAAUGCAACUUUUUUCCCCCUCUUUUAAUUCAAAGGAUAGAUUCCAAUCUUCAUUUACAGGGAAAUAGCAAAACAACCAUCUCUACACUUACAUUUGGUUUUUCUCUUCUUCUGUGGCAUUCAUUGAAGGAACUAUUGCAUUGGCUUUUACUUUUUUCCACCAUGGCAACCAAGAUCAAAGGGAUCUAUAAGGGCUUCAAGUUCAUCUCCCAAAUAUUUGCAGUGGUGAAGGAGAGAGAGAUGGAAAUUGGGUAUCCAACAGAUGUGAAGCAUGUAGCCCACAUAGGCUGGGAUGGUCCUUCUGGAACUGCACCCAGUUGGAUGAAUGAGUUCAAAACACCUCCUGAUUUCGCAACAACAACGCUCAGUAAUGCAAGAGAUCAGAAUUCUCUUGCUUUCUCUUCAUGGUCCUCUCAAGAUUUUGAUCAAUCUAUUGGAAAUCAACCCAUUUCCAAUUCAUUCAGUAACAUUCCAUCUUCAGAUCUUCCAAAUAUUCCCAAGAAAGUGAAAACGAAAAAGAAGACGAGAAGUUCCUCUCCCACAUCCUUAUCUACCUCAUCAACAUCCUCACUAGCCAUGAAGUCCAAGGCUGCAUACCAUGAACUGGACUCAACACCAAACCUUCAAGUCAAGAAAUAAGAAGAUUGAUGCAAGUUAACAACACAGAAAACUAUCAUUAUGCAUGCAAAUGUUCCCUUUUCUGUACUCAGGAUCGGUUUCAUGAGAGCAAGAAGAGCAUAUAAGCUUUGUAAAUGAUCAAUUUUAUGGUUGGAAGGUGAGAAAUCAAGGGAAACAAAUGUGAAGAUGAAGGAGGAAUCAUUGUUUAUAUGAGACAUUGGCGUAGCUAGAUGCAAAUGUUUUUGGUUUUACCCAUAUAACUGAAAAGAAGCAACAUUUGGCUAGUUAAA